UGUAAAUUGGGUCACAAACAAUUUUUGGAGAGGAUCCUCAACUGUGGACCCUUGGACUGAAUAACUGAUAUACAGUUUUAGUUUUCCAACAGAACAUCAUGGCGCAAGAAAUAUGUGUUUUUCUAUUUUCCCUGACGGCUCUUGGUGUCCUUUAUACCAUGAACAAUGUUCCUGCAUUUCAAGAGCCAGUGGUUAUUCUGGAAAUUGGAGUGGCUGUUCUUGCGGCAGUGUUUCUCUUGGUCUACCUUGCUACUCGCUACAAUCCUCCGAAAGACCCUUUAUUCUAUGUUUUUGCAGAGUUUUCCUUCACGUGUGUCAUUGACCUUACAAGUGCUUUGGAAUAUGAUGGCUUUGCUUCAGGGUUCAUGGAGUUCUACCAGAAAACGGGUGAGCCGUAUCUUGGUACAUCCUAUGCUAUCAUGAUGUGCUAUUGGGAUGGUAUUGUACACUUCAUCAUCUACCUGCUACUUGUGCACCGCAUGUCAAACUGGCAACAAUACCGCACAUUGGGGCUCUUUUGGGCUGGAUCAUUGUGUGCCAACAUGGUAGUGUUUGUACCAGGAAUAGUGGUUGGUAAAUAUGGUUCAGAGAUCCGUCCUGCCUUCUGGCUCAACAUGCCCUUCUUGCUAGUGCCCAUAUGGGGAACGGUGUCCCUUUUCUCCAGACCGAGGGAUAUGCCUCUUGUAGGUGCAUCCAAGGCAGAACGUGAGCAGAAAAAAUCUUUAUUCUGGCGCCCCCUGGAUCUGCUGUUAGUAAUUUACCUUGUAGCUGCCAUGGCUUUCACUAUCUUUAGAGGAUUGGCAGUUCUUGAUUGCCCGCUGGAUAUCCUCAACAAAUAUGUGACAGAGUAUGAACCAUAUUUGAAGGAUCCUGUGGGGUUCCCCAAAGUUAUGAUGUUGCUCCUCUUAUUCCAUGCGCUUCCAAUGCUGGGUUCAUUUGCAUAUGGGUUGUGUACACCUGGCUGCACCUGGAUGCUGGAUUGGACCAUAUAUUUUGCAGGUGCAAUUUUACAGUGCCAGUGGUCACAUAUCGGAGCUUCUCUGCAUCCACGCACUGCAGAAAUGUACAGAAUUCCUACCGCGGCCCUGGUGCCCGUCCUCCUCCUCAAUUUGCUGUAUGCCGUGGGUCCUGUACUGCUCGCCUUACGCUGCAAACGAGGGCCAGACUACUUCCUUUCCAUCGCACCUGUUGGCCAAACCAACCAUGAGAAGAAAUUAAGCUAAAUCAACCAAACUGAUAAACACUGCAUACUCUUAAAAACACUGACUUGAAAAGGGUAGUUCACCCAUAAAUGAAAAUUCUGCCAUUAUUUACCAAACCAUUUGUAACAAGGUUCUUAAGAUGGGCAAGGAGGAGGCGGGAACCAGCUGAACAAUCAACGUAAAACUUUAAUAACAAACUGAACUCAAACAUGACAUGCAAAACAAACAAAGAUGCACAUUCACAGCUUUGUGCGUCUCUCUCUCUCUCUCUAACUGGCAUUUCCGGCUCGUCCUUAUCCCCCUCCCAGUUGAUUAGGACAAUUCAGCGCCGGGCGUGCGUCCUCACAGCCUGGCCAUGCCCUCCUCCUUGUCACACUCCUCCACAACCCGAUUCUGGCCGAGGAAACCUCCGGCUUGACGUACUCCCCUCCCUUCCUGGAGGGGAGGUGUUGCCCUUCCGGCCGUCCUUCUGCCGGCAUGUCUUCCCCACCUCUUUGGACCCUGGGAGAGACGAGGGGAGGGAGAGGGGAGAGGGAAAGAGCAAGGGGAGAGAGAGAGAGGAGAGAGAGAGAGAAAAAAUGUCUCGCUGGUCCCCGGACACGCUGUCGCCUGGUCCUCAGCCACUCCUCCGCCCCCUGGCAGAUGACAGCCGCUCCUCCCCUGGUGGACAGCAGUGAGUCCUCCAUCCCCUGGCGGAUGGCAAUGACUCCUCCGCUUCCUGGCGGAUGGCAGUGGUUCCUCCGGCUCCCGGCAGUGACUCCUCCGUCCCCUGGUGGACGGCAGUGGUGAAGACUCUAAAACAGCGCAUCCCUCCUCCUUCCCGGGUUUCGGCACCAGUGUAACAAGGUUCUUAAGAUGGGCAAGGAGGAGGUGGGGACCAGCUGAAUGGUUAACAUAAAACUUUAAUAACAAACUGAACUCAAACAUAACAUAAACUGCAAAACAAACAAAGACGCAAACACACAGCUUUGUGUGUCUCGCUCUAGCGUCCUCACGGCCUGACCAUGCCCUCCUCCUCAUCAUACCAUUGAUUCAUUUCUUUCCUGGAACACCAAAGAAGACAACUCACUUUUGGCGCCACUCUGUGGACAUUUAAUGCGGAAACUGAAGCUCACAUGUGCCUAUACCUUCAACACAUCCAGCUUUGGCCACUGGGGGAAGUGGUUUGAAUUUCGGUAAGCACAGACUGAUUUUGGCAGAAGAAGUUUUGACCUACUGUAGCCACAUUCAUCAGUCUGAUAGGGAAAUUACAUCAGAAUGAGUAAUUGAUGACAGAAUUUUAAUAUUUGGGUGAAUUAUACCUUUAAUACUGCCAUGUUUCAUCAGAUUCUCAGUCCAAAAAAACACAUGUCAAGAUUUAGUUUUAGUGUCAAAGCACUAAAUAUUCAAUUUAAGAGCCUGAGACUUUUAGAUUUACAUGAAAUCCUGUUAAUUUGGUAAUCACAUAGGUUACAGGACCUCAACUUCUAAAUGUAUUAGUGUGUCAGUUGCCAGAGAUUUGGCUAUUACUAAAUUCUUCAUGAGAAAAACAACACUAAAUUGCAUGAGGCAGAGAUCAUUAAACCACAGUAUACAACAAGACCUUUAACAAUGUGCAGUUUAUUUGCCCUCUGUCCUCAACUGUGAAAAUGUGAUCUGUGGCAAUUCCAGUUUGCUUUCUUGACUCCCAAGUUCUGUCUUUCCCAAACAAAUGUGAUAGUUACAUAAAAAAAUUUAAUAAAUGUCAA